GCCGGACUGUUGGAACCUCCUGACGCGUUGGAGGCCAAUGUCCAGGGAGGGGCCCUGGAUCACUACGAUUCUCGACUACGACGGGGGAGCAGAGGUCAAGUUGAAGAUCAACAUGGAAGGGGCUAAGGAAGAGGAGAUGAGGGUUAAUCCGAAGCUGCAGGCGACAGUCAAUGAGGCCAAGGACCGCGCGAAGAAACGUUGCAGGAGGAACGGCAUGAUAGCGGAGAUGCGGGUAAUAGUCGCAUAUCACAAGGUCGAUACCUCUACUGGUACAGUAGAUAGAGAACAGGCUCAUCUGGAUAGGGACUCUGGUGGGGAGAGCGAGAUGAGCGAAGCGAAGAUACAAUCCUACCAUGAUCUAGAGCAGUGGAGACGAGAUCACCUGCCUAUAGAGCCAGUGGAGAGGGGUCCUGAGGCCGACUCGCGACGACAGGUAAACAGGCAGUAAAUCCUCGCGCAGGCAGGGUUUGUGGGAGAUUCACGCGAGAGAGAGGGCCCGGAGGCAAGCGUGCGACAGUAAAGGACUUGAGGCUCC